AUGGGAAAGCGCAAGGUCACCGCCCUUGAGAAGGUCGAUAUCGACUUCGCGAGUCUGCAGUACAAAAUCCGCCGGGACCCCAAGUCCUACGAGGAGAACUUCCUCCAGCAAUGGGGCCAGUACGAGAGCCAGCGCGAGGUCUUCCUCGUCUCGCCGACGACCGCGACGAGGGAAUACAUCGAGUCGUUCCAUAACCUGGUCGAUCUCCUCGCGCACACCGUGGACCUGUACCCGAAGCACGCCGUCGCGUUCCCCGACGACCUGAAGGCGAUCCUGCUGCAGCACCACGAGGUGUUGCACCCCGAGCUCCGCGAGAAGAUUGUCGGAAGUCUGGCGCUGCUGCGCAAGAAGGAAGUCAUCGACUCAACGACCUUUCUGACGACGCUGUUCCCGAUCCUUGUUUCCUCGCCGAGCAAGACUCUGCGGACACUCCUCUUCCAGAAGAUCCUUACCGAGAUGCGCAACGCGAACUCCAAGGCGACAAACCACCCCCUCAACCGCACAAUUCAGACCGUCCUCUACAACCUGAUCACGGCCGAUCGCACUUCGCCAAAGGCCAUCUGGGCCGUGAAGCUCACCCGCGAGCUGUGGAAGCGCCAGAUCUGGACCGACGCGAAGACCGUCGACGUCAUGAAGGAGGCGGCCCUCUCCGACAACGAAAAGGUCGUCAUCGGCGCCGUGCGGUUCUUCCUCGGCGGAGACAAGGAGCGCGAGGAGCUGGAAGACGACAGCAGCGACGAGGAGGAGAUUGACCUGAACAAGAUGAAGCAUCAGAUCGGCAUCAACAAGAAGUCCAAGAAGCAGGCGAAUGCCUACAAGAAGGCCGUCGCCAAGAUCCACAAGCAGGAGCGUGGCAAGGCGAAGCCUCACCCGCUCAACUUCUCCGCCUUCCACCUGUUGCACGACCCGCAGGGCUUCGCCGAGAACGUCUUCCAGAAGCACCUGCAGAACACCAAGACGAAGCUGGCGCACGAGAACAAACUGCUUGUCCUGCAGCUGGUGACGAGACUGGUCGGUCUCCACCAGCUCACCAUCAUCAGCCUGUACUCGUGGUUCAUCAAGUUCCUCACACCCCGCCAAGAGUCCGUCACCUCCUACCUGGCCUCGCUGGCCCAGGGAACGCAUAGCCUGGUGCCCCCGGAUGCGGUCGAGCCGCUCAUCCAGAAGAUUGCCAACGAGUUUGUCUCAGAAGCCGCCGCCUCCGAAGUAGCCGCCGCCGGUCUUAACGCCAUCCGCGAAAUCUGCGCAAGACAGCCCCUGGCGAUGACCGACACGCUGCUGCAGGAUCUUGUCCAGUACCGCAAGAGCAAGGACAAGGGAACUAUGAUGGCUGCCAAGGGUCUUUUGUCGCUCUACAGGGAAGUCGGCGCGGACUUGCUGGUGAAGAGGGACAGAGGCAAGGACGCAUCCAUGGGCUUGAGGAGCGGCGAGAUCAAGACGAAGAGGUUCGGAGAGCAAGCGGUCGGAGGCAUCGAGGGCAUCGAACUGCUGGCCAAGUGGAAGGAGGAGCAGCGCAAGCUCAAGCGCGCCGCCAAGGGUCUCCCCGAGGACGGCUCCGACAAGGAAGACGAGGAGGAAGAUGGCUACAAGUCCGAAGACUGGGAAGUCGACUCGGACGACAGCGACGACUCUGGCGGCUGGAUCAACGUCGAGCACUCGGAAGAUGAGGAUGACGAGCCCGCGCCGAAGAAGCGCAGGACAGGAGAGGACGGAUCCGACUCGGAGGAGGACGAGGACGAAGAGGACUCCGCAGCCGAGAUCGAGAGGAUACAAAAGCUCGCGACGACGACGAUUCUUACGCCGGCCGACCUCCAGAAGCUCCAGGAGCUGCGCAUGGAAGCCAGUCUGAACAAGACGCUGGGCAACCGCUCGUCGAAGCGUCAAAAGGAGAUCGAGAAGGCUCUGGCGCGCCACGCCGACGACGGCCUCACGGCGGAGCAGAUCGAGGCGCCGGCCAGGCUGCGCAAGACGACCAAGGAGGAGAGGGUGGCGAUGGCCAAGGAGGGCAAGCCGGGCCGCGACGAGCACAAGUCGACGCAGGCCAUCCGCCGGUCCAAGAAGGACGCCGAGGGCAAGAGCACGACCAACAAGGAGAAGGCCCGCCAGAAGAACUUCUUGAUGACGCUGAACAAGGCCAAGUUCAAGAACAAGAGGAGUCUGGUGCAGACGCGCAAGGUGCUGCAGGGCCACAUCGACAGGAGCAAACGCGGCGGAAGACGCGCCAACGGCAUGUAA